AUGGCGUUUUCACGCUCACACACUUUCUCUCUACUCGCGGCUCUGCUGCUGCUGGCUGUCUGCGCGGACGCAGCGCCGACGGUGGCGCAAUUCCGAAAAGAACUCACGGCGCUGAGGGCGGUGGUUAAGCAGCAGAAGAACUACUCGGCGUUCGUGAGAGGCAUCGACAGAAUGCUCCAGUACCCCGACUCAAUGCUGCCUCAGAUAUUCAACACCACGCUACUCAUCCCCACCAACAAAGCCAUAAUGAGCCUUGGCAUUCCAACCCUAAAGAACAAUACCGCAAUGGAGGCCAUCGGGAAAUACAACGUCCUGCUGAAGCAAUACACGGGCGCGCAGCUGCUGAAGCUCGCUAAGAACACGCUGCUUAAGACUAAGGCCAAGGAUAUGUUGGUGCGGUACGCGUCCACCGGCGCGAAUGCCGGGAAAAUCGUGCUGCGCCCUCCGAGUGCACCUGCUGCGAAGCAGGGGGUUGUGGUGACUGCUGAUCUCUACACGGGCAAGUUCCUCAAGGCGCAUGGCUUGUCCGCGUUUUUCCGCCCCAAGGUGUCGCAGGUGUCGUCGCGAGUGGUAACAUUCCUCAUGAAUCUCGUCAUCGCCAGACGCCUCUCGCCACAGGAGUUUGGGAUGGCAGCGGUGCAGUUCCAGCUGCUCACAUCCACCAUUCUCUUCGUCAGCAGAGAGGGCUUCCGCAGAGGCUGCCUGCGAGCCGACGGCAACACCGAUUCCUCCUCCUCCGCCUCCUCCCCCGCCUCACCCCUCUACUGGGCGCGGAUGGUCUCAGCAGCAUGGCUGGUCGUCCCUACAGGCAUCUCCCUAGCAGCAGCAGCCUGUGCCUUCGUGCUGCAUUACCAGCAUCUCCCUCUCUCAGACCCCUACGCCCAAGCCAUUCUCCUCCACGGGGUGGCAGCAGCAGUGGAGUUGGUAUCAGAGCCGCUGUAUAUCCUGUCCCAGGCGCUGCUGCUGGUGCGGUUGAGAGCGGUGCUGGACGCCGUUGCAACGGUGGUGCGGUGUGUGGUGACGCUGCUGCUGGUGCUGGGGGGGAUUGGCAGGACUGGGGGACUGGUGUUCGCCUAUGCGGAGCUGGCCUUCAGCUCCUCCCUCGUCAUCGGCUACUGGGGUUUCUUCCUGCUCCACCCCUCCGUUCGAGCUCUGGGUCCCAGUCAGAGCGGAGAGGAGAGAGAUGUGGCAGAAGGCAGCAAGAAGCAGGAGGGGGAAGGAGGAGAGGGAGAAGGGAAAGGAGAGGGAGGAGGCGAGGGAGAGGGAGGGCUUAGGAGGCGAGCAAUUGGGAGGGAUGGAAAGGAGGGAUCUGAUGGGGGGAAGUUGCAGGAAAGGCACGGAGGGGAGAAUGAGGUGGGAGGUAGUGCUGGUGAAGGGUCUGGUGCCAUGAUUCCGCUGCUACCGUGCAAGCUCCCAGGCCGCCCGCUGCUGCACUGGCCGCUGCUGCGGCUGUGUGGGGCGUUCUCGCUGCAGGCAGCGGUGAAGCAGGUGCUGGGGAAGGGCGAUGAGAUGGUGCUGGUGGCCAUGGAGAGCGCGUACAACCAGGGCGUGUACGGGCUCGUGGUCAAGCUGGGCAGUCUCGUGGUGCGCUCUGUCCUACAGCCAUUCGAGGAGAGUGCGUUCAUCAUAUUCGCCCGCACUGCUCCCUCCCUUGCCUCCGCGUCUCACACCGCUCAUGCUCCCAAUGCUGUCGGAAAGGAAGGCAGCAAUGCGAAGGGGGGACGUGAAUCAGUGGCCAGAGUGCUGCUACUGGCAGUGAAGGCUGUGAACGUGCUAGGGCUCAUAUUCGUGGCAUUCGGGCCGCCCUUCUCCUACUCGCUGCUCUCACUGCUCUACGGCCCCACCUGGACCGCCACCGAGGCUCCACUCUCCCUCGCCUGCUACUGCCCCUACAUCAUGGCCCUCGCUCUCAACGGCACCACAGAGGCGUUUGUGCACGCAGUGCUGAGUGAGAGGCAGCUAGCUCAAUCCAACGGGUGGCUGCUGCUCUUCUCGCUGCUGCACAUGGCGCUCAGUGCACUGCUCAUCCGCGUGGCCUCCUCCCCCGGGCUCAUACUCGCCAACUGCUGCAACAUGGCAAUGAGGAUCGCAUAUUCGGCUACCUUCAUCAGUCAAUACUUCAAGACAACGCCCAACUUCUCUCUGUGGCACUCGCUGCCAUCCUUCCCAGUCCUCGCAUCCUUCGCAACAGCAUCCCUCAUCUCCUUCGCCUCCCAGCACCUCCUCCUCUUCCGCAGAAGCUACAUCUCUCCUUCCUCCCCUCCCUCCCCUUUCUCCGCGGCCUCCCUCGCCCACAUUGCUAUUGGCGCGCUGUGCUUUGCAGCUGUCAUGGGCGCAUUGUGGCAUUGGGAGAGGAAGUUCUUCGCAGAGCUCAAGGCAACUUCAAGAUCAGCCAAGGCGAGCAAGCAGGAGUGA